AAAAUUUUAAAAAAAUAAAAUUAGAAGGCUUAAAAAAUAAUCAGACUUGAAGGUGAAACUAGGAGCAUAAAUAAGAUGACAGUGAGCGAAUCUCUAAACAGAUUAAAAACAGAUAAAUAAAAUCGAGGUAGCAUUAGCAAUAGCAAUAAUACAUUCGAGUAUAGGAGGAGUUUAAAAAAAAAUAAAAAUGAAUGCAAUCUCCGGCAACUACACAAGGUUCUUUACUGGUGAUUUCAAUCCCGCAUCGUAUGGAACUCAUCCCGAUUUUAGCCAAUACGGGCCACUGCACCGAGCGAUACUGGAAGGUGAUUGGGAGAGCACGGAAAGCUUUUACAGGUCACAUCCAGAAGCAGUGACAAAUAGCAUCACAGAAAGCUCCGAUACAGCGCUGAUGGUAGGGAUUAUGUCGGGGCAGAAAAUAGAAUUCAUAACGAAUCAAGUGGAGUUUGGAAGGGUGGAUUUGAGAAGAGUGAACAAAGAGGGGAAUACCGCACUUCAUGAAGCUGCAAUUGUUGGUCAUUUAAAGGCUGCUGAGUUACUAGUGGGAAGAAACAGAAGCUUGCUAUACAUUCGUAAUUUGGAUGGGUAUGUACCACUUCACUUGGCCGCUGCCUAUGGUCAGAGGGAGAUUCUGUUUUAUUUUCUGAGAGUAGGUGAGGUGCACAACAUACAGCUAUCGGAAUCGGAGUUGGAUAUGCUUAUGCAUCUUGAAAUAACUGCCAGGUUCUUCGAUUUGGCUAUGUAUUUACUUGCAAGCAACCCUAGAUUAGCAUUCUCCAAGUGGCAAGAUGUCUUUCAUUUGGAAAUACUAGCCCAAAUGCCAUCUGCUUUUCCUAGCGGAACAAAAUUAAACAUCUUGAAGCGUUUUAUCUAUUAUUGUAAGUCUCUUGGCUAUUUUCCUUUCUCUCAAUACUGAUUUUUAUGCUGUCUUUUACACAUUUAUUAGUUUACUUAUCUUCACAUAGAAAAACAAAAACAAAAUCUAUUUAACUCUUGUGCAGUUCAAGAGUAAUGUUCCACUUAC